UGCAUCAUUAAUAGUUUUGACAUGAAAGUUUAACAAUAAGUGACGACAAAAGAAAAAUAUGUUAAAGUCAGCUGUACAGCUAUUAGCAAAACGAGCACCAGCGGCAUUUCUACCAAAAUCUACCGCUUGUAUUCGAAACUUAUGCAAUAUGGUUGAUGCAAAAUUAAAUGCUGUUCCAAGUGUUGACAUUGAAGAAGGUAUUUUCAAAUAUGUGCUUAUUAAAGUGUACGGUAAGGAGACAUCUGAUGGUAAAGAACCAAGCAAAUUGAUUGUUCGGGGCUACGGCGAUUGUGAAUGGCACUCUGAUAUUUAUGAGCGUGCUAGCACUUCCUGCCAGGGCUUAGGUCUUGAUACAGAGUGUUUGGGUGGAGGUAGAAUUGACCACAAUCCAGAUGCCAAGCGUAUUAAGGUUUAUGGAUACUCUCAGGGUUACGGAAAAGCAGAUCAUUCGGAAUCUAAAAAAAUUUUACUAACUAAAUAUGCUGAUUAUGAAAUUGAAAUUUCUGAUGAUGGAUAUUGAGAGAAAUAAAUACAUACAUAUAUUUUUUAUAAAUACUUUAAUAUAAUUUAAUAUAAAAGCAAAUGUUAUUAAACCGGUCAA